UUCAGACAGAAGCCGAGAGCUGUGCUCCCCGUGUGGGGCCGGGUCAAGGUUCGACCCCAACAUACCAACACUAGCAGGGUGCGAGGAAUGCAGGAGAAGAGAAUUCUUCGCAGCCCCAGACAGACACUCAGAGAUACUCCUCGCACACUCUGGAGACCUUGUGCCACCGCUGAGCUUUGGACACACUGAGCGGAGGAACAAGGCGAGGAACAAAAAGCCCUUCAUGUCCGGAUGCGGAGCAGAGACCGUGUGCACCGCACAGAAGAGAGGUCUUUGGGGAGCUGAACCCCCACAGAAAAACUUUUGCACACUCAGAUCAACUCCUCUCUCUUUCUCGGAGGAUCAGAAGUAAGUGGAAGAAAAAUAGGUAGACAAAUUGGACACAGAGACAGCCUGGAAGACAGACAGAUGUGCAGCUAAGACAAUAAGUAGGUAGGUCAGAAAAGAGCAAGGUCCUGCUUUCUCGCUUUCUCUGAAGGCCCAGGGGGAUGUUAAGAAGUUCUCCUGGACACCCUACGCUUGGUCCUCUCCCCAUGGACCCACCAACAACCAAUCUUUCAUUGUGGGUGCCCUUGGGCAACGGGACUGUGUCGGAGGGAGGUGAGUCAGCCGCAGCCCUGGGAGCUGUGCUGAGCCUCAUGUGUGCCACUGGUGUGGCGGGAAACCUCUACGCCUUGGCCGUGGUGCGGGCAUCACCCUCAGCUUCCUCGCUCCGUGUCCACUUGGUCAACCUGGCCUUGGCCGACCUGCUGUACCUGUCGACGGCCCCCUUCAUUGUCCACAACGGGCUGGUGAAGGACUGGCUUUUCGGCGAGGCCGGCUGCCGGGUCCUCCUCAGCCUGGACCUCCUCACCAUGCAUGCCAGCAUCUUCCUGCUCACCCUGAUGAGCUGUGAGCGCUACGCUGCCGUGGCCCACCCCUUCCAGGCCGCAAGGCGUGCGCGACGCUGCCGGCAACCUCUGGCCCUGGCCAUCUGGCUCCUGUCCUUUGCCCUGGCCUUGCCCAUGAUGGUGAUGAUCCACCAGGAGGAGCGGGCGGUGGGGGACGGCGUGCCCGUCCGGCGUCUCUGCUCCCCAACCUGGAGUGAGGAGCAGUACAGGGUCUACCUGAGCGUCCUGUUCAGCACCAGCAUCGUGGCUCCCGGCAUCAUCAUCGGGUCCCUCUACUGGCGCUUGGCCAGGACUUAUUGGGUGUCGCAGACGCGCGGCGGGUUGGGCCGCUCUCCAAAGAACCGGGUCUUCCUCCUCAUCCUCGUCAUUGUCCUGGCCUUUUGGGCUUGCUAUUUGCCCUUCUGGGUCUGGCAGCUCCUGCCUCUUUACUGCCAGCAGGCUGCCCGCCUGCCCGUCCACACAGAGAUCUCCAUCAACCACCUGGUGACUUGCUUGACUUACGGGAACAGCUGCAUCAACCCCUUCCUCUACACCUUGCUGACGCGCAACUACCGUGAGUACCUGCGCGCCCGCCAAAGGGGGUCAUCGCGCACUUCCCUGCGAUGCUUCCAGAACAGAGAGAGGCCGCAAGGAGAAGGCCAGGAGGUCAUCUGAGCCGAGGCAGGUCUCCAGACUGUUAAUCCAUUGCAGAAACAGCGUGGACUUUGGAAGAGAAACUGCACAUAGGAAAACCCUUCACAAUCCCAGGGCUGCAUCUCAAGAGUCACAAGCGAGGGUUGCCGGGUUGUUGCUGUUUAUGCAU